UAUGAACGCAAGAGCAUACACAUGAAUGUCAUAUAUAUAUAUGCUGCAUGUACACAUCAGGAUGUGAAAUGUGUGUGUGUGUGUGUGUGCGUGCGUGUGUGUGUGUGUGUAUGUGCAUGCAAGCAUGUGCAAUUAUUUCCUAAAGGACAUGGAGUGUUGUAGAGGCCUCUCCGUGGCUUAAGUGUGAGCCUGUGAGAGCCACACCAGGGGGAGAAUGGGAUGUUAAAGAGGAAGUAUGAGUCACUCUUGUCACUCUGUGGCCAUUUUGCUCUCUCUCUCGUCCCUGAGUGGAGGCGUUUGCCAAUAGACAGCCCGUCCACCACAGCCUGACAUGCACUCACUCCAGUAGCCAGCACCAACAGGGCAGGGCGUUCUCUCUGUGUCUCUCUCUAUCUACAGUACGUCACUUUGUCACGCUGUCUCUACAUCUGGUCCCUAGACACACAGACACAGACACAGACACACACAGACACAUGCACACCCAUCUGUAGAGAGAUAGGUGUCUGUGAGCUGUUCUGCCGUAGGUUACUGAUAAACGAGCAUAUAAAGGUGUGUGUAUCCCCUGGGAGUUGUUUCAUUUUGGUUCGAGUUUUUUUUUUCUUUUUUUUUUCUCUCUCUCCUUCCAAAUAAAGUGAUGACUAACAGCCGCGCCCUGUACCUUAACCAAACCCCUCAGCUCCUGUUUAGCUGUGUGUUAACUCUGUUCUUUCCAGAGUUGGCUCUCUGUUUCUUCCCCCAUCCCCCUCCUCCCUCUCUUCUUUUCGUCUGUUGCCCAUUUCCUCUUUUUCAUUUCUGAGUGUCCUUCCUCUUUGGGCUCGAGUGUGGUAAAGGAGAAGUUGGAGACCUGAGGCAUGGUGUUCCUCCUCGUGCCCUCAGCUCCCGACUCGAUGUCUCUUGCGCUGAUCGGCUAGCCACAAACGCUAACACAGCCCUUUCAGGAACAUACAAGGAAAAACACACCAGGGGAAAAAAAAACAUGUUUCUGGUAACACAGCUGAAAAGAAGAGGAUGUCUCCCCAGUGACUUACAGCACUUCCAGGAGUGGUCUACGGCCAGGGGGAUGACAUGCAUGUGUCCAGGCUGUUAACAACGUUGAGGAUUUUAAGACUAUUAGGCUGCCAGCACUCAAGCCAUGAUGGACAUACUGUACACAGGCCCUGUCCCGGCAGACCGCGAGUCUCCCAUGGCUCGCAGCGAGACGUCCCCCGGUCGGACGCAGGGCUCGUCCCAGCGGCCCAACGCCUGCUGCUUCUGCUGGUGCUGCUGCUGUAGCUGCUCAUGUCUCACUGUUAGGAAUGAAGACGAAAGGCGUGGCAGGAAAACGUCCGAGGACACCAAGCUGGAGACCAUACCAAACUGUGAAGCUUGCACCAAACCGACGGUAGAGGAGAUGCGGCUGUGGUCGCAGUCCUUCGAUAAGCUGAUGAAGAACCCGGCCGGCCGCAACGUGUUCCGCGAGUUCCUGCGCACGGAGUACAGCGAGGAGAACAUGCUCUUCUGGUUGGCCUGCGAGGACCUCAAGAAGGAGCCCAACAAGAGCGUGGUGGAGAACACGGCACGCAUGAUCUACGAGGACUACAUCUCCAUCCUCUCCCCCAAGGAGGUGAGUCUGGACGCCCGCGUGCGCGAGGGGAUCAACAAGAAGAUGCAGGAGCCCACGCAGCACACGUUUGAGGACGCCCAGCUGCAGAUCUACACGCUCAUGCACAGAGACUCCUACCCCCGCUUCCUCAACUCCUCCAUCUACAGGUCGCUGGUGCAGAUGGGAUCACGCUCCUCCUCCGAAUCGUAGACCCUGACCCGCCGGGUGCCCUACCCCCAAACCGCCCCCCUCGCACCUCGCACCUCCCCCCGACCCCCCCCAAACCCUCCAGACCAACACACAGACCGGCUGCCUGCCUCGUUUGUUCAGUCCAUUCUGUCUUUUCUGCCCCAUCAUGGUCAUUGUCCUCCCCCCUCCUCCUCCACCCAGGAUCGUUGGUCCUCGCCCUCAUGAAAAGACAUCCUGCAAGAGUCUCCUCCCGUCUCUUUGUCUCUCUCCAUUGCACAAACCACUAAAGGAGAAAACAUCAUAACUUUGUUUUAUUUUUUGCUCUUUUUUUUUGUGGAUAGGGGAUUGGAUUGUUGAUGGUUGUUGUGUCAGUGUUGUAUGUGUUGCUUUUCUUUGGAGAAGGCCUCUGUGGAUUUGCUAAACUCUGCACAGACUACAACUGGAAGACACGGGGUCCUCUCGUGGAAGAUGCUCUCUCUCUGCUCCCGUUUUCACUUGUCUUUCAUUGAUCAUUCCACUGCUUGUGGUUCCAGCUACUACAGCAUCAACUACUGAUUUUACAACAAAGAGAACUUUUUUUGUUUCCGCGUUUCGUUUUCAAAAUUGCAAAUGUGUGCAUAGACAUAUCUUUUUUCGUUUUAGGUUUUCUUUGGUUUUGUUUUCUCCUGAUGUCAUGUUUGAAGAGAGGCCAGAGACCCGCUGCAAUAAGACACUGGAGUGGACUUUGCCACACGCAGUCCCCACCCUACUGCCGGGCAGGAGUCCCCCCCUUGCCGCUGCUCUGUUUUCAGCCAGCUUUCCACCUGCCCUCCACGCCCCUCCCAACCACCCACCAGACCUCAGCCUCAGCCUCAGCCUCAGCGCAACCUCACCUCUGCCCAUCCUACUUCACCCCAAACCCCAACCCUCAUGACCUGUUCACUGUCCACCACUGCUGUGAUUGGCUCUCUGAGGUGUAGGGCAGGGGCUGAGCAUGAGGGGGUAGGGUGGGGGGGAGUGGGAGGGGCUAAAGGAUUCCCAGGUGCAAAAAAAAGAAACAAAAAAAAAGGACUUUAGACCGAAAGAACUCUGAAACAAAGAACUGCUAAACAACGUAUCUCUGAGGAUAAACGACAAAAAAAAAAGAGAAAAAGAAAAAAACUAAAGGAGAGCAGGACCACAGAAGAGACCUGAAGAAGAAGAAGAAGAAGAAGAAGAAGAAGAAGAAGAGAAAAAAGAUGCCUAGGUCUUAAUUUCACUCAUCACAGAAUGCAUUUAAAAAAUAUAGUAUUAUUAAUGUUAUUUAUUUUCUAUUUUGUUAAAACUGUGAUUUUAAUUCUUCUUUUUUUACUUUUAUUUUCCUUGUAUGUAUAAUAAUAGAAAUCUGGAACAGCCAACACGAAGCCCAAGCAAGCUGUUGACCGCUCAACACUCGAGUGCACUUGUCCAGCUCCUUAUUUUGUAUUCCCUGUAAAAGGCUUGUUUCUCUGGCACCUCCUGUUGGUCAUUUGCGGUACUUUUCUCCGUGCGGGUGUUCUGUGUGUGCGGUGGAAGCGGUCGGUCCCAGUGUGUCAUUCUACAGGCACUCUCUCCCCUCUCUCAGUCCUCUUGACGAGUGUCCACUAGAGAUCCCACUGAAGAGACUAGGUUGAGCUCUGCUACAUUUUGCUUUUGUAGUUAUGGAGCAGGUUUGUGAGAGCUCCCAGUUUCAAUGAAUGCUGGCCAUAUUCAACGUUGUUUGCAGAUCAUAUGGUGUGUGUGUGUGUGUGUAUGUAGGUGUGUGUGUGUGUGUGUGUGUGUGUGUGUGUGUGUGGUGUUUGUAUGUCAGAGAAAGAGAUGAGCCAGGUGACUGCAGACUCAACCAGCCCAGUUCAGCCAUGCUCUCGUUCCCUCUGAAUUGAUCUGCGUUCUCCAUUCUCAAUCUCCACUCUCUCCUUGUGUCAUUUGGUUGGUCCUGGCGUCCUCAGUGAAUUUCCUUGACAUGCAUAGCUUCAUAUUCAUGAGUCAGUCACUCUGCAGUGACUGCAGCCAAUGACUGAAAGCAUCAGUACAGUACAGUUCAGUUCAGUGCAGUAUGGUACAGUAUCAGUAUACUCUGUUUUGAGUUCUGAUACACUCAUCGGUGUGUUGGUGAACUUAUCAGAGCCCUGAUUCCUAUACAGGGAACCACAAGCUGCCAUGUUUGCCUCCACACUGUAGUAUUCCAUGGCAAUUGUAAAUUUCAUUGUAAUUAUUGGGAUGAAUUAGCCAUCAUCACCUACCAGUGGCCAUUGUUAAAGUAUCUUAUUAGUCUUUUCUAUUAGCAGACCAAGGGUACAACGAGGGUACUGACGCUACUCAAGGUAAAGACCUCCCGCCCCAGCCUGCCCCUUUAGCUGUCUCUGGCCCCAGGUGAACUCACCCCUUGAUCCUGCAAGAGAGCUGAUUGUUUCUCAUUGUUUACAGAAAUUGGGAAAGGCUUAACCUGGGCUCCAUGACGGGCAUUGUUUUCCCACUGGAGGUGAUUGUGAGUUUAGGGGGAAGGAAUUGGGUGAGUGGGUUAGCCUGCCGGGUAGCGCUGUUUGCUGAAGCUUGCACACUUGCCCUCUGCUCAACACAAGAAUGUGACCCCGGAGCCCUCCGCCUCAAGAAAAGCACAGGCAAAACUACCAAACCACAGCCCUCCUAAAGGACGUUUUGCAAGAUGCGGGUGCACAACACAGGCCUCUAAGGUCUGAUCUGCUGUUGCGAUGCGAGAGAAGAAUCACAGAUUUGUCUAGUUGUCACACACACACACAUGCCAGUAAUGGCCAGUACGUCGAAUCUAAAUGCAGUGUUGGAUCGCAGUUGUGACUCUCUGUCCAUGUAUUCUCACAACAACUUUGUGGUGAUAAAAAAGAAACAACAGCCCACAAUGAUGUCACAAUGCCUACCACUCAAUCCCCUCUUUCCCCUGAACGUCAUUGGGUGACACACCAUCGGACAUUCUCUAACCGUCAUUUUUUUUCAUCAGUUUUAUUUAUUUUUAAUUAUUUGUUUAAAUUUUUUUUUCAUCCCAAUACCCAACACAUGUUGGUGGACUCUUAAGAGCAUACACACACACACACACACACACACACACACACACACACAAGAGUAGAACACAAGUAGGACUGUGCAAAAAAAAACAGGACAAAAAAAAGACUUUUAUUUACAGGAGCAACAGACUGAUCUGGCUAAUCCCUCUUGCCUGCCUCUGGUGGGCCAGCCUUCAUGACACAUCGCUCCACCGCAGCUGUACGCGACCUCAGAGACCCACUUAGUUCCUGUUCAUCUGUACUCGUGCCGUCUGUCCACCACAGCGUCUCUCUCACUCUUUUACUGGUGCUGCAGUGCUCUAGGCGUUCCUCACGGUCUUGUUUAGGGGGAGAAUUGAGUUUGGUGGGGUGGGGUGGGGAUUUAGGGAUUCAAGCAGGCAGUUUAGCCAUCAAAUGCCUCAUCCAUUCACUUGAUGGAAUCCACUCCCAUUUUUAUGUUGUGUGUUUUGAGAUUCUGAUUAUUUCUCUCUCUUGAAUAUUUUGUAAAUAGAAUACAGUACACACAUAUUUAUAUAUACUUAGACCUAUUAUAAAAAUACCUAAAUUUGUGUACCAUGAAAUUGAGAGAUUAUAAUAAGAUGUUUUUAUUUAGCAUUAAAUGAUUUUAAACUUGUUUUGUUUUUCUCUUGCCAAAAGAAUGAGUGGAGCAACUGUCUGUGCUGUUUUUUUUUUUUUUUGUGCGAAUGCGACAGGUGACUGAAGCCUUGGGAUUUCACUUUUCUUUCAAGUAUUUCAUGCUCAAAAGAUUUAUCAGUUGUGCAUGAACGUGCACUGUUUUAAGAGAAAUGUGUAUAAUAUAUGUGUGUAUAUAUGAGCAUAUAUAUAUAAACAUAUAUUUGGUAUUGUU